AACGAGGGAAAAGGGAGAAAGAGGGCGGAGAGGAGUGAGUGUUUCUGUUCAGGAAAAGAAAGGGGUUCUCCUGCGGUUCUCAGGAUGUUGCCCUUUAAGCCUGGAAAAGUUGGCUUCCUGUCCAGGGUAACAAUCAGAGAAUAGACAAGGCCCUGAGGAUUAUGACGCUGUGUUCCUUCAGCAGCAGACACAGUCACUUUGUGUUGUACACUAAGCAGCUGGAGGGAAGAAGAGGUUUUCCACCAGGAUUUGAGAUCACUGGAUCCUAAGCAGAAUGGAAUUUGCGUGAUGGAUACCUGACUCUAGGAGCCAAUAGAAACAAUAUGGACAUAUCACAUGCAUAUGAAUUUAUAGAUUUUAUGAAUGAUUUGGAUUAGAAAACUUCCUCUGUCGAGUGCAUCUAUUUCCACCUUUUCUAUCAGAAGUAUUGUAUUUAUGAAUGAAUUGAAUGGAUAUAAAUCCAGAGACUGUCACACCACUGUCUCUCUCUGGGAAUAUAGAUUUGCACCAGAGGGUGAAAUAAGCACCUGUGUACUGUAGUACCUGGUUUCUUGUCAGGGGACUUUGAGGGUAUCCCCCCUCACCCAGAGACUGUCAGAGACCAUGUCCAACAGCAAUGACAGCUGCAACCUCCCCCUGAACACCGACACACUUGGUCUCACCUACAUCUACAGCCUGGCCUUCUCACUCGGUCUCCCUUGCAACCUGCUGUCCCUCUGGGGACUGUACCAACUGGGUCGGUCCGGCGGGGGUGGUUGUCAGCUGGUCUACAUCCUCAACCUGCUGCUCUCUGACCUCCUCCAGCUCCUCACCCUCCCUCUCUGGAUCCUCUAUCUCCAGGGGGCGCACCGCUGGCCCUACGGCCGCCCCGCCUGCGAGUUCGUGGGCUAUGUCUUCUACGUCAACGUCUACGCUAGCGUGGUGUUCCUCUGUAUCAUCGCACUGGACCGUUGCCUGGCAAUAGUACACCCGCUGAGUAGUCGUGGCGUUCGGACCGUGCGGGUGGCAGCGGUAUUGGGGGUGGCGGUCUGGACACUGACCUUUCUGUUCUGUUUGGGCGGGCUUCUUCCGUCAGUGUUUGAUGCGGAGAGGCUGUUGUGUCUGGAGCAGUACCCUGUCAGCCUCAGAUAUGCUCACUUUAAGAUUGCUACGGUUGUCAUGGGGUUCCUGCUGCCCUGUGGUAUACUGGGCUACACUUCUGCCCGCAUAGGUGUGACUCUCCAUCACUCGCCAUCCGUCUCCGACCAGGGCCGUCACAAAAUCACAGGCAUCCUCAUCGUCAUCACCGUCAUCUUCAUCGUCGUCUUCGGACCCUACCACCUCGUCGGGGGGUACCGUUUCGUCUCCUUGCUCCUCACAGAUGACCCCUGUGAGUUGGAGCGUUCCAUUUUCCUGUGUUACCGGCUGUGCUAUGGCCUGACGAGCCUCAACACCCUGUUGGACCCUCUGUUCUACAUCUUCCUGUGUCAUGACGCCCGUCUGGAGCUCCGCAGGUCACUGACGCCCUGUCUGGGACAGGGGCACACAGCCCCCAAACAGGUAAGACUCAGUCUCAGAGGGAAUCCUGAUGAGAGUGACAGUGUGUAGAGAGACUGGAUUGGACACAUUUUUGAGUUUCCUGUUCCUUUGAUUCUGAGGAAGAAGAAUCUGGAUAAACUGUAUUAUGUUACCCAUUUCUUGUUCUUUGAUGGUUGAGAGGAGAGGACACAUUUUGUGGUGACACCAGCCAUACACUACAAUGCAGUGUUUUCAUAGACUUGCUCAAGGAACUGACUCCACUGGUUUGGCUGCUGAGAAUUGGUGAUGGGGAAAAAAGCAGCAAUUGUGCCACCUAGUGGGGAGAGCAUGUAUGCUGUUGGCUGAAAUUGGAAAAGGUGUUUCCAUCUUCUUCACCUUUCUGCUGACAGUCAUCUCUAACUUAUAAUGCACUGCAAUAGCUGCCUCAGUUUAUACAGCCAUAUGAAUGACUAUCUGUGGAUAUCAACAAUAAUGUCAUAUGUCUUGAUUACUUGCUUAUUGCAGUAAAUAAAGUCAUUUUAAAUACCUUA